AUGUUUCUUCCGCCCGGAGGUCUUUAUCGGACAACCUUCAACGUUCCCAUGGAAAAUCUGCAGGGUCGACGUGUCCACCUCGUCUUCCAUGCUGUUGGCUCUGCGGUGAUGGUGUGGGUGGAUGGCCAGCCACUCGGAAGCGACGGCAAGGCAGACACUGAGACCCCAGCCGGUAGGUAUAUUGGGUAUUCACAGGAUUCCAUGACUGCUGCCGAGUUUGACAUUACGGAUGCACUUAUCGGCAGCCAGCAGGUUCUCGUGGCCAUGGUGCCAAGCUGGUGCGAUGGAUCGUACUUGGAGGACUUUCAGACUCGAACAUUCUUCAACGAAGAUGACGAUGGAAUUCUGCAUGUUCAAUGCCAGCUUACUGGGACAGCCGCCGGCAACAAGGUGCUAAAGUUCACUUUGUAUGGAGAACGGUCUGAGAUCCUGGCGUCAGCGCGCGCCACUGAACUGCAGGCUGCAGCCACCGCAGGUGUGGAGGCAGAAUUACGCGUGCCGGGAGUGCGAAAAUGGAGCGCGGAGGAUCCCUUCCUGUACACUCUGCAGCUGGAGCUCACGGAGGCCUCUGACACUACGAUCCAGGCUGAGCGUCUGCGGAUUGGUACAGUUGCCAUCGUGGAUGGACAGCUCUGUGUGAACGACCGGCCGAUCGUGGUUGCAGGUGCGAAUGUGCACGAGAUGCACCCGACGAGAGGGAAGGCGAUCACCACUGACGACAUGCUCAAGGUACUGGUCACCACCAAUGAUCCUGCCUCCGGCAGCCAGCAGAACUCGGUCAUACUUUGCGAGUACAGUCACGCCCUCGGCAACUCCAACGGAUCCCUUCACUCCUACUGGGAGCUGUUUUGGUCUUCGGUGCACAAAGCUCAGAUCCUGGACCCGAAUGUGAAGGGGAAGCACCAGCGAGAAGCAUGGCUUGAAGGCGAAUAUGCCUACGGUGGAGACUUUGGAAGGGAGAGUGGGCGACAAGAUCGCAACUUUAUUGUGGAUGGCAUCCUAUUCCCCGAUCGCACACCACAUCCAGCUUACCAGGACUUCAAAAGGCUGCAGCAACCUGUGGAGUUCCAGCUCAAAUCGCAAGAGGACUGUUCCGAGGGUCGGCUUGUCCGGGUGAAUGCCCGAGUCUCGGCGCACACGAAGAACACAGAGCAGAUCGGUCUAAGGUGGAAAAUCGUCGGGCUGGAUCGGCUAACAGCAUCUGUGACCGAAUGUGCGUGGAGCAGUUCCGCCGAAGGUCCAAAUCUUCGCGUGCGGGAAAACUUCAGUGCAAUUGGCCAGCUCCUUCUUGAAACAUGCUUCCAGUAUGUGUUCGAGGCACAUCGGGUAGUGGUGUCAGUAACUGUGACUCCAGUCGGCCCCUUGACUGGUUUGUCGACUCUUCCCCGAGUGGGGGUAGACUUUGCUCUUUCAGCAAAGCUCUCAACAAUGACUUGGCUGGGAUGUGGCCCGGGAGAGAGCUAUCCGGACCGAAAAGUCGCUUCGGAUUGGGCAGUUCAUAAAAGCGACGUCGACACUCAGCAUGUGGACUACAUUGUCCCCAGUGAGAACGGAGGAAAGGCGGAUGUCCACUGGGCAGCCUUCACUGAUGGUUCAUUUGGCCAUGGCUUGAUGUUGACAUAUUCCUGCGGCGAUGGUGAAGCGCAGCAGGACAAACCCGAAGAUGCUGCAUCCGAGAAGCGUCCUGCUUGCACACGUGGAGCACAACUGUCCGCAUCGCGGUGGACCCAGGAAGAGCUAGAACGAAAUUCCCACCGCCACAAUCUGCCAGCGAGGCAGGCUUCGAGCUCAAGACCCGUGAACGUUCACUUGGACACAGCACAUGCCGGAGUGGGCGGCGUGGGUGAGGGGGGCUCUAGGCUUUGGGCCACCGCCAAUCAUCAUUGUAUGGAUGCCUGGCAGAAGUAUUCCAGUCGACCCCCGGAGGAGAAGAGAUCCUCCCAGGGCAGCGCCAGAUCACAAGGACGACAAAUCGGAUCGGGCUCGCAGGCUUCCGGAUCUCGAGACUCUGCUUGA